AUGGAUCUGGCGAUUAGGGCUAAUUGCGGCGACAAGGCUGUUCGAUCCGUCGAUUCGGGGGCUGGUACUGAAGAACCGCUUGGUGGAAGCGAAGGUAGGCGAUGUCUUACGGUCGAUCGCGAGAACUCUGCGGCGAGUGGUGGCGAUGGAGGCGUUGGGCAUCUUGCGCGCGACUCUCGUCCGGCCAAGAUUGGGCCCGCUGGAAAGCGCUCGAGCAACUCCGAGGCUGCGGGGCAGUCAUCGCGAAGGUCUGUUCCUUCGCCGACCGAGCGACUGACUCCGUUCCGUUUUUGUUGUGAUGGAACAAUUGAAGAACUUCCAGAUCUGGCUCCGUCGUUUGAUCGGUCGCGGGGACUAGAUGGGCAGGAUUGGGGUGACGUUGCCCCUACUCAUUCUACUUUGGAAGGGGUUUCCUUGUUGAUGGAAGCGAACCGAGCAUCCGGCGUCACUUUCAUGAUCCCGAGAUCAGAUCAGCGUCCGUGGAGUCCGCCGGUCGGAUACUGCUGCGUUUACGAAUUAUUUUUCGGGGAGGACUCGAGGUUGUGGUUUCCAAUUCCUCGUUUGAUCACCUCCUAUUGUUUUCGGCGAGGGAUCGCCAUCAGUCAGCUUAUGAACGGGGCGAUCAGGAUCGCUGUUGCGUUGAUGGUUAUGGCGGCGGAGAUUGACGUGUCGUUGACCGUUCGCAUUUUCGAGGAACUAACACAAGUUCAGCCAAAACCAAAUGGGCUUUACUCAGUGCAGAUGAGGUCGGGUUUGAACGUCUUUACUAGUCCCCUUAUCAAGACUAAGAGAUGGCAACGCUCUUAUUUUUAUGUCAAAGCAGACGAUGCUGGAUUCGUUGACCCGCUAGAAGUCGAUCGCCAGGUUUUAUGGAGUAGCAGCAUUGUUGGUCAUCCAAACACCUUUGGUCCUUGGGACGCUUUUCGGAGGGACUUACCGAAGAUUGUCGUGCUCCGAUCCCAAGAGUGGAAGGACUUUGACCGCAAAAGAAUUCGUCAUCAACGAAGACGCAUCGCUAACGUCGAUUGGGCGGCGGGCAGUCCUUGCGAGGAACCGAAGGGAAUUAAAAGACUAAAACUUCCGAUCAUGGGAACUCCUUCUAGAGUGUAUCCGGACUACAGCGAGAUCUUGGCUGCUCAACUGAGGGACGCAAAUUUCGGCCCUUCAGCGAACACAGAUGGGACGGGCAGCGCAGUUGCGGAUACAUCGAUCGAUCGGGCGCCAGCGCCGGUGAUCGUUACAGUUGAUUCUGGCGUCGAGGGACCCGUUGACAUUCGUCCACCGAAGAAAAAGAGAAAGAGUACUAAGUCUUCCAAAGAGGUGACGGCUGACCCUCCUUUGGAUGGAGAUGAAACUGAGGCUGCUCAAACGCAACUCGAACCAAUGGGUGGUGACGAGGUGGAAGAAGGUGAUGAAGUUGCUCCCAUAGAGGGUUCUACGGGUCCGCCCGGAGAUGAGUCGUCGGGAGGGGAGACCCGGGAGCCUGGUGAGGUGACUCGUCCGAUCGACGGUGGGAUGCAGACAACUCUAUCUGUUUCUGAGUUUGCGUUUGCAGACAAAUUUGCUGAAUCACUUCGUGCGGAUGCGGAGGCUGCUGCUCGGAAGAAUGCUCUCGUGAUGGAAUACGAAAAAGCUUUGCAGAAGUUGACGUUGGAUCUUAAGGAAGCGGAAGGGACGAUCAAGAUAAAAGAGGCUGGGCUUGAAGCGGCUAGAAAGGAGAAGCACGAUAGGGAUAAGGAGCUGGCCGCUGAGCGAGGUCGCUAUUCCCGCGAGCGUCGGCAAGCGAUCCAGACGGCCGCGGAUCUUGAGGAGGAGUUAGAGACCGCCCGAGACAUAAUUUCUCGGCUAGAGGCGGAGAAGGUCGAGGAACUUGAGAAGACGAAGAGAGCGAUGGAUCGCAUGAGACAAUCUCGCAAUCGCGAGCUUCUAUCUGAGAGAAGUUGCGUGGUUGCUGCGGCUAAUAGGCGUUUCGACAAAUUUCGGAAGUAUAUUGCCGAUCGAGAUGAAAAGGAGGAGAAACGUCUACUCCAUGGUACAGCUCUUGGAACUUUGGACGCGUUGAGUUUAUUGGAGACCAAGGGACUGUCUGUCCCGCAACAACUAAAAGAUCUUUUGACUGCUAACGAGGAGAAGUUCAGGAAAGAGGUAGAAAACGUUAGUGUUGAAGUUAUCGCGGAGCGCGAUCUUGCUCUCUCACCUCCUCGUAGGGACUUGCUUCCUUAUGGGAACCAGUUUGGAUCAACCUUCGGCACCGUUGAUUCUGAUUCUGCGAUGGCUCUUCGAUCUCCUGUCCUUUGUGGUGAGAGUUCGACCGCUGCUUUGGAUCCGGCCGUUGCCUGUCGAUCGGCGGCUGUCACGUCCGAUGGUUGUGCGGUUACUCAGGACUGUCUCGGGGUUCCUGCGCCUGCGAGGGUCGCGGAAGCAGGAAGUGUUGUUUCGUCGGAAGUAGCCAUUGAAGAAUAG